AAGCGCACUGGCGCUCUCCGAUUGACCAGUCUUCUUAUUUGGGCGGACGUCCCACCCUCUGACAGUUUCGGAAGGCUGCGGCCCGAGCGAUGGCGGCUCUGACGGACGUGCAGCGGCUACAGUCCCGAGUGGAGGAGCUGGAGCGCUGGGUGUACGGACCGGGUGGGACCCGAGGCUCCAGAAAGGUGGCUGAUGGCCUGGUCAAGGUGCAGGUGGCUUUAGGGAACAUUGCCAGUAAGAGGGAGAGGGUGAAGAUUCUCUACAAAAAGAUUGAAGACCUGAUCAAAUACCUGGAUCCCGAGUACAUGGGUCGCAUCGCCAUUCCCGAGGCCUCAAAGCUGCAGUUCAUCCUAGCAGAGGAGCAGUUUAUCCUCUCCCAGGUAGCACUCUUGGAACAAGUGAACACCCUGGUGCCCGUGCUGGACAGUGCUUCUAUCAAAGCCGUUCCUGAGCAUGCUGCCCACCUGCAGCGCUUGGCCCAGAUCCAUAUCCAGCAGCAGGACCAGUGUGUGGAGAUCACUGAGGAGUCCAAGGCUCUCCUGGAAGAGUAUAACAAGACUACAAUGCUUCUCUCCAAGCAGUUUGUGCAGUGGGAUGAGCUACUCUGCCAACUAGAGACCGCCAAGCAAGUGAAGCCAGCAGAAGAAUGACAGUUGCACACCAUGCCCACCACCAGGGAAAGGCAGGCAGUCCCCAGGGCCCUGGGCCAACCUGUCUUUAGAAGGCAGAGACAGCUGUGUAUUUACUGAAUUUAAAUACUGCCUAUCUGCGUUCAGCUGGGGGCUCUGAGGUCAGAGAUGGAGUUUACCUUAGAGUUGUCAUUUGCACUCUCCAUCAGUGUAUUUAUUCCAGUGACAAUAAACUAUAGAGACCACUAAA